UGUGUUUGCGAAGUUUUUUCGUAUCUUCGCGGCGCGAUGGAGAUCGCGUUCUCAGUGGGCCAGCUACUGCGGCAGCCAUCAACGCCCAGCUGUAGUUCCAGGCCCCGUUCCCAGCCUUUGGCUGUGGGUUACGGAAGCCCCGUUUCGGCGCUGUUGGCCGUCGCGGUGGUGCAGGUGUCAAGACGAGGCCGCGUCACUCGCUUGGCCACCAGGCAGCAGCAGAAGCGGGUUCGCCUGUCUGACGACCUGCCGACAGGAUCCAACUUCUACGAAAUCUUGGGUGUGGACAAACUCGCCACUCAAGAUGAGAUCCGCUCCGCUUAUAAACGCGUGAUCCGGCAAACACAUCCUGACGUGAACCCUUCAGAAGAUGCAGCCCAGAGGUUCAUCCAAGCGCAGGAGGCCUUCCGUUGGCUCUCGGACCCGCAGCAGCGCGAGGUCUAUGAUGGCGUGGGCGGCAAGUUCGGCGAGGAUGCCCUCUACGACUACUCGGAUGAGCCCAUUUUGGGCUCGCUCACGGAGAUCCGCAAGAUUCAGGAGCUCACCCCUGGCAUCGACUCGGUGAACCAGUGCCGCAAAGAGCUCACCGCCAGACAAGAGGUAAAGAUUCCUCAUCACAUCGCGGACAUUCGCCAGCGUUUCAGGGUCUACGGCAACGAGCGCAUGAAGUACGUGAGGAAUUUCUUCAACCGGCGCCUGAAGGCCGUCCUGGAGUAUCCCAAACUCAUCAGGGAGCUGCACCCCUUCGAGCGCCUCAGCGUGGAGCUGGCGCUCACGCAGCACUGGAACGAGACUGGUGUUUCCUUUGGAAAGGCUUUGGCCUGUCUCAAGGACCUCCGGCGCCAGAUCCACGAGCUGGGCAGCUACCGCGCCACCGCCGCCAUGGUGGCGGAGCGAGGUCGCCUGGCCACCUUCAUCGCAGAUGAAGGAAUCGAGGAGAUCUUUGAUCUUGUCACCAACUGGGAGCCCGUGUUCCAGCAGUUCAUCGGCUGCCAGAGGGCCAUCUUCAAGGCGCCCUGCAUCGACCUGGACAAGCCCACAGUGGUUUUCGUUGGCGCGCCAAACGUCGGCAAGUCUUCGCUUGUGCGCUCGAUCUCCACCGGCAGACCAGAGGUGAAUAGCUACCCUUACACCACCAAGCAGCUCACCAUUGGCCACUUGUGGCAUUUCAUCGCUGGCACGCCGCUGCUGAUCCACGGACAGAUUGUGGACUCGCCUGGCUUGAAGUUUGGCCCAGGGGGGAACCACAAUUUGAUGGACAAGCUCACUAUGGGUUCUAUGGAGAACUUGCCUACCGCGGUGGUCUUCGUGUUCGACCCAUACCCACAUGGGUUGCUGGAUCUGGAGAAGCAGGUGGAGUUGCGAGAGUCCUUGAGGUCCAGAUUUCCCCGACGGCCCUGGCUGGAUGUCAUUACCAAAGUUGACAUGGAGGAAGAGGAGACGAAGGAAAACAUCAAGGACUUGCAAGAACGCUAUCCUGAUGCCCUGCAGGUCAGCGCCUUUGAGGGUACCGGCCUGGAUGACUUGAACAUGGAGGUGCGUGGCUUGCUGGAGGAGAUGACUAGGGUGGUACGUCAACUCCAGCGCACCAAGAUCCGUCAGCUCCGCAUGGGCGAUCCCGAAGCGAACGUUGUGAGCAAGGAGGCCUUGAGCAUGCGAUGAUAGUUGCUAAUAUAAAAGAGUACUCAGAUU